UUUAAACUAUUUCUCCUUUCAGACUGUAAGUCUGACAUUCCCCCUUUUUCUUCCUGCUUUCAUGCAGUACCAGUCAUUCCACAUUCAACCUUUUCCUAGAAGUGACAGCUGGGGUAGUAAAUACGUAGGUGCCAGACCUGACAGACAACAUUCUUUAAUAAACAAAAGCUUAGAAUAUAUUCUCACAGAGUGAAACUCACAGUCAGUUUGACUGGAGAAAUGGAGCAACGUCUUAUGGACCAGGAGACAUUCUCUUGUUCGAUCUGCCUGGAUCUAUUGAGUAAUCCAGUGACUACUUCCUGUGGACACAGCUACUGUUUCACCUGCAUUAAGAUUCACUGGGAUCAAGAGGAUCAGAGAGGAAUCCACAGCUGCCCUCAGUGCAGAAGGACUUUUAAAACAAGACCUGACCUGUGUAAAAACACCAUCCUGUCAGCUUUAGUGGAGCAACUAAAGAAGACUGGACCCCAAGCUGCUCCUGCUGAUCACCGUUAUACUGGACAUGAAGAUGUGGCCUGUGAUUUCUGCACUGGGAGAAACCUGAAAGCCAUCAAGUCCUGUUUAGUCUGUCUGGCCUCUUACUGUGAGAAACACCUUCAGCCUCAUUAUGAUGUGGCUCCUUUAAAGAAACACAAGCUGGUGGAGCCGUCCAAGAACCUCCAGGAGAACAUCUGCUCUAAGCAUGGUGAGGUGAUGAAGAUGUUCUGCCACACUGAUCAGAAGCGUAUCUGUAGUCUCUGUUUACUAGAUGAACAUAAAGGCCACAACAUAAUUUCAGCUGCAGCAGAAAGGACUGAGAGGCAGAGAGAGCUGGAGGAGAGACGAGGAAACAUCCAGCAGAGAAUCCAGGACAGAGAGAAAGAUGUGAAGCUGCUUCAACAGGAGGUGGAGGCCAUCAAUCACUCUGCUGAUAAAACAGUGGAGGACAGUGAGAAGAUCUUCACUGAGCUGAUCCGUCUCCUCCAGAAAAGAAGCUCUGAUGUGAAGCAGCAGAUCAGAUCCCAGCAGGAAACUGAAGUGAGUCGAGUCAAAGAUGUUCAGGAGAAGCUGGAGCAGGAGAUCACUGAGCUGAAGAGGAAAGACGCUGAGCUGGAGCAGCUCUCACACACAGAGGAUCACAACCAGUUUCUCCUCAACUACCCCUCACUGCCAGCACUCAGUGAGUCUACACACUCAUCCAGCAUCAACAUCCGUCCUCUGAGACACUUUGAGGACGUGGCAGCAGCUGUGUCAGAGCUCAGAGAGAAACUACAGGACGUCCUGAGAGACUCAUGGACAAACAUCUCACUGAUGGUCACUGAGGUGGAUGUUCUACUGUCAGAACCAGAACCAAAGAGCAGAGCUGGAUUCUUAAAAUAUUCACGUGAAAUCACACUGGACCCAAACACAGCUCAUAUACAACUGUUACUAUCAGAGGGAAGUAGAAAGGCAACAGUGAUGGAACAACAUCAGUCUUAUUUUAGUCACCUAAACAGAUUCAGUGAAUAUACUCAGGUUCUGAGUAGAGAGAGUCUGACUGGACGUUGUUACUGGGAGGUGGAGAGAAGAGGGAGAGUUUAUGUAGCAGUUGCAUACAAGAAUAUCAGCAGAGAAGGAGAUGAUAGUAUAUUUGGAUGUAAUGACAAAUCUUGGGCAUUAGACUGUUACCAAAACAAGUAUAUCUUCUGGUAUAACAACAACUCAACCUCCGUCUCAGGUCCAGUUUCCUCCAGAGUGGGAGUGUACCUGGAUCACAGAGCAGAUAUUCUGUCCUUCUACAGCGUCUCUAAAACCAUGACUCUGAUCCACACAGUCCAGACCAGAUUCACUCAGCCGCUGCUGGCUGGGAUACGACUGUAUGAAACUGGAGACUCUGCUGAGUUCUGUCAAUUCAGACAGGUCAGAAAGUUUCCUGUGUUUUAAUGUGAGAGAAAGAAAAGCCUGAUAUCUGCAGGGAAAUGAUAUUCUACUGUGCAGCAGCUCAGAGAAGCAAAGGGCAAAGUUCUCUACAUUACUAUCAGAGGGAUUCAUAUUUUUUAAUAAAUGUGAUUCAGUUAACAGAGACGUUCAUUAAAUUGUUGAUGAUAUUACCAAGGAUUACAACCUCCACUGAUCAGUCACUCAGUUUAGUUUUUAAUUAAAACAAAAUGACAGAGGCUGAGCUAAAUAUGUAUCUGUUGUAUAUAUAUUUUUUAUUUUAUUUCAAUAUUGUAACAUCAGUUCUUCUUCUCUCCAUGAAAGCAGUCUGUGUUCCUACAGAUAUUUGUUUGAAGUUGUUUUAUUGUCAGCUGGAACACUGAAUUAACAAAGUUUCCCUUAUAUGGUUCCCAGGAUCUCCGAGUAAUUUUAUGCUUUGCUACAUGAGUAAAUUCAAUCAAAGCCCAGUUACUCGAUUACAUUUCGUUCUACUUUAGGUUCAGUGUGGUUCUUUAACAACGUAAGAAAAUAAUGCUCUGAUUUUUUUGUUCAGUUCAAAACAAAAUUUAGAUUUUAUCAGAUUUACAUUUAAAAUGAUUUUCAAACAAGGACAUCUAUUAAUCUAUCAUGAAUACAAGGAUCAUCGAUUUUGAACAAAAUGAAUCCAGUCAGAAGAAACAUGUUGGUCUGAUUGUAAUUAAACCUCAAUCUCUAAGACAGGGGUGUCAAACUCCAGUCCUCAAGGGCCGGUGUCCUCCAACUUUUAGAUGUGCCUCUGCUGCACCACACCUGAAUAGAAUAAUUAGGUCA